GAAUAUAUAAAUCGCACUAUCGUCAGCUAUAGUCAGUUACUAGUCGCGGUUAAAAUCUCCGACUCCGCCGACUCUCCACUAUUGCUUGUUGAUCAACAAGUUCACCAGUCCGAGUGUUCAAGGCAGACUGAGUAAUCAUAGUCGCAAGAUAAAUACUGAGGAACAUCAGAGGUUAUUUAUACACCGCGGAACCUUUCCAGUGAGAGGAGUAAGUUUUGGAACGAUGUUCAAACCAGCCGAGUACUCUGCAAACGACAAACUAGCGCGUUGCGAGACUAGCGACUUUAUACAGGAGUAUUCCAAUGAAAUUGGUCAGAUGUCAGGAAGAUGCCUUGAUAUCGGAUGCGGACCCUGCGACCUAGUCGUCGAUUCUCUCCUUCCGGUACUGAAUCCAAAGGCUACCGUUGUCUGCUCGGACAUUUCCAAGCCCAUGUUGGACUACGCAAAGGAAAAAUACGGCGCCAACGAUCGGCUAUCCUUUCUCCAGCUGGACAUCGAGUCUCCGACGCUGGCCGAAGAUCUAGUUGAACAAUUCGAUCACGUUACGUCGUUCUAUUGUUUACACUGGUGCGAAGACAUGCGCCAAGCCUUCGAGAACAUCUUUGAUCUGCUGCGUCCUGGAGGUUCGGGCUUCUUGACCUUUGUGAGCGAUUUUCCUUGCAUGGACGCGUACAAGGUGCUGGCGGCUAUGCCUCGAUACCAGCGUUACAUGACGGAUGCGGACCGUUUCAUUCCAGUAUUUCAGCACGCUAAACGUCCGCGCGAGUCUCUGAAAAUGCUGCUCGAAAAGGUCGGCUUUGAGGUCUGUCACUGCAGUAGCAGAGAAAAAGUUUACAUCUACGAAACCCCGGAUGCUUUCGCCAAAUUCAUGGCAUGCGUGAACCCCUUCAUACACCGCAUGCCGUCUGAUCUACAGCAGGAGUACAGAAUAGAUCUGGACAUAGAAGCAAGAAAGCACACAUUCAUCGUCAACAAGGAUAGGAAUGACGAUUAUAAUAUACUGUCCAGACGCCAUACCUUUGUAGUUUACUUGAAAAAGCCAUUGGUCCACUGAUAGACAGCCAAAUAAUUAAUAAAAGUCGAUAUAUUAAUCAUCGUUCGUGUUCCGAAUGGCUUACGUGUCCCAUUAACCACGUCUUUUUUUUUAAUUCGAUACAUUGAGAAGAACGUGCGUUAUAUGGUGAAUCUGCAAAUGAAAUAAAGACUUGAAAAGUUGAUCAGCAAAGCUGAUCUCGUACUGUAGCAACAACGUUUUCUCAAGGAACUAUUCACUAACCGCAGAUAAGGUGACAAGCGAUUACAAAAUUUCACACGAUUCUCAAUAAUUUUACUCGACUUCGGAAACGGUUUGAAGCGAUUUCAGAUGAUUUUAAUAUCAAGGAUAUUCAGUGGUUACGAAGAACUUCUACCGUGAUUUCAAACGAUUUCAAGUGAUAACCGGUUGAAUUCGAAUUGAUUUGUGCUUGGGUUCAACUUUGUUGUAAGCCUGAGUAUAAAUGUAUAAUGUGUUUCUUGUAAUUAUUAAAAUAUCACACUGUAA